UUUUACUUUGACAGUUCUUCCGGAUGUUUUUGCCGCGCUCAGCUGUCGUUUAACCGUUUGUGUGUCUCCGGUGUUCAACAUGUGUCGUUAAUCGGUAACUUUUCCCGGUGACAGCCCGGUCAGGAUGGAGGCGUUCACUAAACUAACCAGCAUGCUGCUCAACGCGCUGGAAACGAGGGAGCCCACGGUGGACCUGCUGGACUCCUUCGUGGACCACUGGAAGUCCAUCACCAACUACUACAUCCAGACCACAGAUGAGACUCGUCCUGUCAAAGGGACAGACAUCCCAUGGCGUCUGAGACAGAUGGUGGACAUCCUGGUGUACGAGGAGAAGCAACAGGGGGUCCAGGAGGACACGGGGUCCUGUCUGGAGUAUUUACUGGAACACAAGAUACUGGAGACACUGUGUACGCUGGGAAAGGCCCAGUAUCCUCCGGGGAUGUCUCAGCAGGUCCUGGUCUUCUUCUCUAAACUCCUGUCUCAGAUCCAGAAGUCUCUGCUCCACCUGGUCAACGUCUCCAGACCGGUUCAGAAGCUGAUUCGUUUCUGUGCACUUCCUGGUUCCCAAACAGAGAAGGAGGAGGCUCAGUUCCUAUUGGUUGUCUGCUCCAGAGUCAAACAGGAUCCGCACGUGCUCAGUCAUGUCUUGGAGGUUCCGGACCAACCGGCAGCCCCUGGCCAAUCACAAGCAUCCAAUCAGAAGACGGAGCCGGGGUGGGGUCUGCUGCAGGCGCUGCUGCAGCUCACACAGAGCCAGCGGGGCUCAGUGUGUCUGAAGGCCUACGAAGGCCUCCUGCUGCUGGGGGGCCUCCCUCCCGGCUCCUCGGGGGCCGCUGUGGCGGUGCAGGCCCAGCUGGGGGCGCUGCUGUCGGGGCGGCUGGUGCAGCUCUACUCCAUGCUGCCCCUGGACACUGUGGAACCUCCAGAGGUGCAGAACUGGCCCCACACUGCCUGGAGUUCCCAGUUCUCUAGCCGCAGCUCCGACGGUUCUGCUUCUGAUCACAUGACCAACUUCUUCUGCUGGUUUGACUUCCUGGAUCACCUGACCAGGGAGGCCCCCCAGGCCUUUGCUCUAACUCUGGCUCAGUGUCUCCUUCAGUCUUGGAUGUUGGACGUCCUUCAGCCUCAGCUGCGUCACACGUCGGAGCAGGUCGUCCUCGUCUCCACCUCUGUCCUCUGUGCCACCGUCCGUCUGGUUCGGUCCCAGGUUCUGCUGGAUCAACUGGUCCACUUCCUGUUGGGGUCACAUGACCACACCCUGACCCCCCUACUGCUCCAGCGCUGCGACCACAUCUCAGACCAGAUCAGUAUGGUGUCUCUCUCUCUGGUGGAGGAGCUCCUACAGAAGCCCCACAGGGACAUUUUGGACGUCUUGGUGCUCCAGGACCUGCGCGGCCGUGCUUACCUGACUCCGCCCCCUGCCAGUCAAGAGGACCGCCUCACGGAGAGCAGCGACGUCAUGGAGGACAGCGAGGACCUGGAGGAGGACCCCUUCUUCAACCACACUCUGCUCCUCCCCUCUCCUUCUGACUCCGCCCCCUCCUCCGCCGCUCCUCGUCCUGAAUCGGCCGACGAUGCCGUCAACAGUUUUCUGUGUCUUCUUCCUGUUCAGUGUCGAUCAGCUCAACUCCUGCAGGAGGGAGGAUACGAGUCCUACAUCCACGACGCACACACACUGGUGAUGGAGUGUCGGUCCCUGUCGGAGGCCUUUGAUUGGCCGCUCAGCCUCCCUGCUCCACCUUCAUCACAGGACGUGGUUUUCUUCGAGGGUCACCUGCUCAAAGUCCUGUUGGACCGCCUAGGACGCAUCCUGGAGCAGCCCUAUGAGCUGAACCUCCAGCUGACGGCGGUCCUGUCCAGACUCUGUGCCUUCAGACACCCUCUGCUCAGCGAGUACCUGCUGGACCCCUACGUCCACCUGGACCAGCGGACCCGGUCCCUGUUCUCUGUCCUCAUCAGGGUGAUGGGUCAGUUAAUGCAGAGGGUCCAGAAGGUGUACAACCUGUCCCACAGACUGUUGAAGACCAGGAGGGACCUGCUGGGACUGGACCAGGACUCUGGGUCUGAACAUCAGACUUUGCUUCGAGGCGUCAUCGUCCUGGAGGAGUUCUGCAAAGAACUGGCAGCCAUAGCCUUCGUCAAACUGACCCAGGACCAGGACCCAGGAACCUGGACCAGGACCAGGACUGAGGACCCUGGACCAGGACUCAGGAUUCUGGACCAGGACUCAGGAUUCUGGACCAGGAAUGUGUUCACCUGGACCAGGACCAGGACUGUCUUCACCUGGACAAGGAUCUGGAUCUGGACUAGCAGAUGAACCUGAUUGGUCCAUCUGAUGCUGCUGU